AUGUGCUGGGUCUUGAAGCUGCUGCCCAGGGGAGUCCUGCACACUGGAAUCUUCCUGCAGCUGCUUAUGACAGUCCAGCUCCAGACCCCACCCCACCAGAACUUUUGGCUGCUACCAGACAAUGUGACGGUCAUCGAAGGAGAGGACGUUGUGUUGAAAUGUGGCGUCCAAGCCAGACAAGGGCAUGUACAGUGGGUGAAAGAUGGUUUUGUGUUGGGCCCCAACCCUGAGAUCCCAGGGUUCCCCAGAUACCGCAUGACGGGCAACCCCAAUCAAGGUGAAUUUCACCUCCACAUUUCUAAGUGUGAUAUCAGUGAUGACGCAGAGUUCGAAUGUCAAGUCAGCCGGUCAGAGACAAGCCCUGAGCUUGUCUCUCCUAGAAUCAGAGUCACUGUGCUAGUACCUCCCAAGGUGAUCCAGAUGAAUCCUGAGGCUGGGAGCUUGGUCACCUGGGUGGCUGGAGGGGAGUAUUCAGUCACCUGCACCUCCGGAAACUCUAAACCAGAGGCUGAGAUCAUUUUUCGCCAGGACAACUGGCUGGUUCCAGACAUCUUUCCCUACACAAACCCUGGAUCGUAUGAGAAAUUCGUCACCACAGAGGCCACAGUCAGGGUGACUCCCAAGCCCUCUGACAAUGGGAAACUCCUGGUCUGUGAAGUGAUCAACCCAGCCAUGAAGGAAUCUUUGAAAGCGUCUUUCACUAUGAACAUUCUGUUUCCCCCUGGCCCUCCUAUCAUUGAGUGGCCUGGCCAGCUAGAGGGGAGAGCCAAAGCUGGACAGGAUUUGGAGCUACCCUGCGUGUCGCGAGGGGGAAACCCUCUUGCUACCCUGCAGUGGCUGAAGAAUGGAAAGGUGAUCUCCACAGUUUGGGAGACUGACCACAAGCAGGCCCUGGCCCGAAGCAUCCUCCCUCUGACCAUCCAGCCAGAGGACAAUGGGGCCCAGCUCAGCUGUGAAGCUCAAAACAGUGUGUCCCCUGAGGCUCAAGAACAUGUGAUUACACUGCAUAUCUCCUUUCCCCCCAGCUCCAUCACCAUCUUGGGCUCUACAAGCCUAGAUGAGAACAAGACCGCAUCCUUCUCCUGUUUCACCAAGUCUAGUAACCCAGGAGUCCUGCUGCGCUGGUGGCUGGGCUGGCAGGAGCUCAGACCCACAGAUGUGACUGUCACUGAUGGGCUGUAUGGUGGUCGAAUAACCAUGUCCAAUGUGACCCAUACCAUGCGAAGGGCAGACAAUGGGCUGAUGCUGACCUGUGAGGCCUUUAGUGAGGCUUUUGCCAAGGAGACCCUCAAGAAAUCAGUCACACUCAAUGUGAAAUAUCCUAUCCAAAGACUCUGGAUUGAGAGUUUCCCGAAGGGGGAAAAUUUUCGAGCUGGAAACCAGGUUCGGCUCCUGUGUCUGGCCAUUGGGGGCAACCCAGAGCCCUCCCUCUCCUGGUGCAAGGAUAAGAAGCCUGUGGUGGAGACCAAGUCAGGAAUGGAGCAGAGGUCGAGGAGUGCCGUGGAAAAGUCAGGGAACACCUUCUCCAGAGAGCUGAUCCUAAAGUUGGACCCCAGUGACAACCAGGCCGUUUACACCUGCAAGACCACUUCCAACUGCAAGGCCACCAACGACCAAGCCUCAGCCUCCACUAAGUUCCAUGUGCAGUUCCCUUCCAUCAAUGUGACUAUUACAGCCAAUGCCUCCAUUCUGCGCCCUGGGGACUCUGUGAACCUCACUUGUGUUAGCCUCAGCAGUAACCCCCCAGCCAACCUGUCUUGGGAAAAGGAAGGGGACAGGCUCCAAGGAAUGACCUUCAGGUACAGGCCAUCCCGGUUCAGGGGCUCAGAGGCAGCGGGGAGCAUAUGGCUUCAUGUGUCUUCCCAGGACCAUGGGAACCGCGUAACAUGCAGGGCUAACAGCCCUGAGCUUCAAGAGACCGUGAGCGCCUUCUAUCAGCUCCACGUCCUUUACCCUCCCAAAUUCCUGGAAGAUCAGGUCCUCAAAGUGGAAGCCCAGGAACAUGGGGGAGCAUUGCUCCCCAUCUCUGUGUCUGCUAACCCAGCUCCUGAAUUCUUCAAUUGGAGUUUCCAGGGAAGCAAACUGAGUCCAGAUGGGGGUCCCAGACACCGGAUCCUCCCCGGAGGAGCCCUGAAACUAUGGAACUUGACAAGGGGAGAUAGUGGGGAGUACCGGCUGCUGUGCCAGAACGCAGAGGGCAUCACUGAGGCCGUGGUCAGGCUGGACGUCCACUAUGCCCCCACCAUCCGGACCAUCCCCGAUAUCACAGAGGUGGAUGUAGGUGGAUCGGCAGAGAUCCUCUGCGUUGUCGAUGCCAGCCCUGUCCUUCCCGGCAUGUUUCGGUGGGAGAGGCUGGGAGAAGAAGAACAAGACUUGGAGGACAUGGAACAGACAUCACAGGGAUUGACAGGACGUUUACAGAUCCCCAAGGCUACUUUGGAGCAGGCUGGGCCAUACCAAUGCAUUGUGGACAAUGGGAUACCUCCCCCUGCCCGCAGGCUCUCAAGGCUUAUUGUGAGAUUUGCUCCUAAGGUUGAAUACCCUCAGCCCCUCACCAAGGUGGCUGCCGCUGGGGACAGGUCCAGCUCAGCCACAUUACACUGCCGGGCACGAGGUGUCCCCAAUGUUGCCUUCACCUGGGCCAAGAAUGGGGUUCCCCUGGACCUCCAAGACCCCAGAUACACAGAACAUACCUAUCACGAGGGAUCAGUUCAUAGCAGCGUCCUCACCAUUGCCAACAUCACAGCUGCCCAAGACUAUGCCCUCUUCACUUGCACAGCCACCAACAACCUGGGCACUGACCACACCGACAUCCAGAUCGUCAGCAUUAGUCGCCCGGACCCUCCAGCAGGCUUAAGGGUCAUGAAUAUCACCCACCACUCUGUGGGCUUGGAAUGGAAAGCAGGCUUUGAUGGGGGCCUGGAGCAGAGAUUCCGUGUCAGGUAUGAGGCGCCUGAGGCACCAGGGUACCUGUACGUGGAUGUCUUCCCACCUCAAGCCACUUCCUUCACUGUGGAUGGUCUUCGGCCUUUCACCCUGUAUCAUUUCUCUCUGCUGGCCACUAAUGCCCUGGGGGACAGUGACCUUGCUGAUCGGGGAGCACGGAUCCCAGUCACCACCAUAGGUGUUGAAGACUCAUCUGAAAAGACAGAGGACCAGUUCCCUAUACAACGUGAAUUCCCUCGGUGGCUCCUGCUCCCCGUUCUCUUUGCCCUAGGGCUUCUGCUCCUCCUCUCCAAUGCGUCCUGCAUAGGGUACGUCCUCUGGAGGCAGAGACAUCGUGGGAAUCCCUCAGAGGGAGCCAAAGAGGAAAAGACGGAAGAAGGGUCAGAGACUCGAGCUGGGAACGAAUACGAAGAGAGCAGAUGGAGCGGCGGAUACACCCCGAGCACUACGGAGAGCUCAGCAGAGAUGGACCCCUAUUACCAUUCCAUGAAGGACUUCAGCCCCCAGCUUCCACCAACACUUGAAGAGGAACCCCAAUAUCAAAGUUUCUGGGGUCAUGAAUAUGAAGAGGUGGCAGGUCCUGGUCCCAUUUAUGAUGAAGUUGAAAGGCUGUACCCCCUUUCUGGUGCCUGGCAAACUCCCCACAAAGCGGCAGAAAUGGGAACUUAUCAGCAUGGAGAGUGGCCCCAUGGAACAUGUGAGGAGCCUACAAGGAUUUAUGACCUGGUGUCUGAGGACCUCCCUGGGGCAGGGCAGGACUACCUGCCCUUCCACCUCAGAGGGGAGUUGGUGUGA